AUGAAACUUAAUGUGAACUCUGGAAGAGCAGUGGCUCAACUGGAGUAUGCGAGUGCUAUUGGGAGUAUGAUGUAUGCAACGCAUUGCACUCGUCCUGACAUUGCUUUUGCUGUGAGCAAACUGAGUCAGUAUACUGUUAAUCCAGGGACAGAACACUGGAAGGCAGUGGGUAGAGUACUUGGAUACCUGAAAAGGACCAGUAACUUAGAACUGACAAACACGUCUUCUUCCAGAAUACUUGAAGGUUAUUCUGAUGCAAGCUGGAUUGAUCGCACCAAUGAUUCAAAAUCUACAAGUGGGUGGAUUUACACUCUAGCAGGAGGAGCAAUUUCUUGGGUGAGCAAGAAACAGACGUGUAUUGCCCACUCAACUAUGGAAGCUGAGCUCAUAGCGCUAGCUGCGGCUGGUAAGGAAGCAGGGUGGAUUAGAGAUCUACUUACUGACAUCCGUCUGUGGGAUGUUCCAAUGCCGUCUAUUCCCAUGUAG